GGUGCUGGCGCCUGCGUCGCGCGGAAAUGAUCGCUGCGCGCAAUGCGGACCGCACUAAAAAUUUCGGCUGGCAAAGGGCAGCCUGCAAACCGCGGCGAACAAUGCAAAAGCGACUAUUCGUACGUGAUGAUAGGGAGAACUACGUGGCAAAAACACGUGACACUGCCUUGCACGAUGGAGCUGCGCGCUGCUAAAAUUUCCUUCCGAGGAUGGUGUGUUCCUCCGCGGGGCGCAGGCACGGGCAGCUGGGCGUUUGCGAGACGUCUCCUCCACCUUCCGACGAGUGCGAAGACGCCUCGAGGGUUGGUCGAUGGCACUCUCCCUUUCACUUUUGAGUGGGCAAAGCAGCACUGCCAUUCACAUUGCUGCUGCAGAGCCGCGGGUGCAUCGCUGCGACAGCGAACUCAUCGUUUCGUUUGGUUUUCAAGUUGCUUGUCGCUCAUCUCUGAAAACGCCGCGCGCGCAGCGCACACAAAGCCACUCACCAUGAUGCUCAGCAGGCUGGCCAGCCGCGCCGCGGCGAGCGGCACGCGUGCGCUACUCGCCCGCGCGUCGCAGCGCAGCGCUCAGCGCGCACCGCGGCGCUUACUAUCAGAGAAGCCGGCCGAGAAGGCUGCGGAGAAGGCCGCCGCGCCGGAGGCGAAACCGGGCUGGUGGUCGAGCGCGGAAUUCUGGGGCGGCCUCGGCGCGCUCGCGGGCUGGGGCAUGACGGGCGCGGCGAUUUAUGACGCCCAGUUCUCCUCGCCGGAAAAAAUCUCGAUGACGAUGACACCCGUCAUGAUCAUCUACUCGUCCCUGUUCUGCCGGUGGGCCAUCAUCGUCAAGCCCCAGAACCUCCUGUUAGCUGCAUGCCACGGCUCAAACGUCGUCGCCCAGUUCAACCAGAUGCGGAGAGCCGUGGAGUACAAGACGUCGCAGGGCAAGGACGAGGAGGUCCAGGACAUUCUCAUGAAGUCCGGGGUGGGCGCCGCGGCGCUGGGUGGCAUGGUCGUCGCCGGGCCGACGCUGCAGUCGGCGCUCGUCGCCGCAAACCUCGGCCCGGUCUCGACGUUCGCGGGCGCGGCCGCCGGGCCCUUCACGGUCCACUUCUGGGCGCCCAUGAGCAAGUGGCUCAUCUCCGGCGCGUCGAUGAUGGAGCUGGAUCGGCCCGUCGAGAAGAUCUCGCUCGCGCAGUACACGGCGCUGACGCUCACCGGAGCGUUCUUCUCGAGGUACGCGCUCCUCGUGAACCCGAUCAACUACAUGCUCUGCUCCGUGAACGUCGCGCUCUUCUCGUCGAGCGCGUGGCACCUCGGGCGCAAGGUCAAGGCGGACUACGUCGACUAGUCGGUUCGCUCUCCCGUCGCUUAACAUGCUAGUGUCUCU